UUCUGAGUUUUUGUUCCAUGAUUUUAGUUUUCUUGAAUUCCAAGUUUUUGUUUAUGUAAAUUUAACUUGGGAAUUUUGAACAUUUCAUCAAUAAUUAAAGAUAUCUAGAUUAUCACUGGAAACUAUGGCUGGAAUAUCGGUACCAUCUCGAUUUUCAUGCCUGAAAAUCGAAGAUGAAGAAUUUGUACCUGUUUCCAGUAAAUCUAAUAAAAAGUUGGAUAAUAAACAAAUUAAGAAAACUAACAUUACCUCUAACAAUAAGAAAUCCACAAAACAGACCCAGUCUUUGAGUACUUCUAAGAAAAAACACAAACCAAAAACUGAAGAUAAACAAUGGGAAGACUGGAAGAAAAAAGACAAGGAAUUUGUAGAAGGAAACUUCGAACAAGACCUCCAAUGCGCUAUAUUGCAAUCCAAAUUGGAUUAUGAACAUCAGAAAAAAUCCAGUGAAUCAGUAACUACCCAAGAUAAACUCAAAAAGAAAAAGAACAAAACAAUGUCUCUUGAUGAAUUUUUAGAUGAUGGUAACCCAAGUUCCACAAAAGAAAAAGGUAAUCGACGCGAUGACAGUGAAACAAAUUUCUUUGAAAAAGCGAUGAAUUCAACGAAAGAAGAAAUCAAGCGGGAGAAAGUUGAAGAGAAAAGACGCGAGAGAGCAAAUAACAUAGAAGAAGUCAUUUCUCUGGCGCAUUGUCAGGAAAAACUGCAGAAGGAGAAAGAGCUCAAUAAUAAAUUGAAGAAAGAACUGGAGGAAUCUAGAAAGGAAAUAGCAUCGGUUAAAAAGCGAAACAAAACAUUGUGCAAUAUGUUGAGCCAAGGCGAAAUGAAAGACAAGGCUGCCAUAUUACUUGAACUGGAGAAGCUAACAACUGUUAAGGAGGAGUUGACUGAAGAAGUUGCUAGACUUCAUGAAUUAUUAGAACAAGAAAGAUCUUCCACUAAAGCCAAUUCAAAUUUGGUUUCUGAUUCUCAAAGUUCAAAACAAAAGAUAAAAAAGAAGAAAAACUAAAAGUGAUGGGACAUUUUUUAUUUUCCCGAAGAGUUGAUAUUAUUUUCAAGACUGUCCUGUCUGGAUUAUAGAUUGUUUGAAAUGUUUUUAUUUUACAGUGAAGGCUGAAUUUCGUUACUCUUUCAUAAGUGAAGAGCGGCUAUCGCUAAGUGAUAUUAUGAAUAAUAUUUGUAUUUUCAUAUCAUCUGUAGUGUUUCAAGAGAAAGAGUUCUCUUUUAUAGUUAUGUAAUAUGUGACAGAAUAAAAAUUUUAGUUUCA